UGACUGAACAAUGUAGAUAUGUAAAUUACAAAGCGUCCGUGAAAGAGAUCUAAAAUAUCUGAUUAGUACUGGAGCCUCAGUGAUGGGGAAGUAUUUCUUCAGUGAGAUGGACAUCAGGAGUGCAUGGGAGCAGGUACUGGCUGCAUUCUGGCAGAGAUACCCGAACCCUUACAGUACCCAUGUUCUAACAGAGGACGUCCUUUAUCGCGAGGUGACUCCAGAUAACUGCCUCCUCUCUCGCCGCCUUUUCACAAAAACGAAUCGGUUGCCUCGGUGGGCAGAGCGAAUCUUUCCCAACAACCUAUCACGAUCUGUUUACAUCAUAGAGGACUCCAUCGUCGACCCUAGCAACAGACGUCUGACCACUUUAACCUGGAACUUGAACCAUUCGACAUUAAUGAUGGUGGUGGAACGGUGUGUGUUUCACGGUGAUCUUGAAAGACCAGUUUGGACGCGUCUCACCAGAGAAGCUUGGAUCUCAUCAACAGUGUUUGGCCUGUCCAGACCCAUUCAGGAAUUUGGUUUUUCUAGAUUCAGGAGUAACCAGAUGAAGGCGAUGAAGGGUCUAGAGCACGCCCUUUCUACACUACAGAAAUCAGCGGCUCAGGGCCACCAGGUUGAUGGUUUGAAAGAUUCCUCAAAGAAACCUGAAAACCUUCCUCAGGCUUCCUCCAGCUCACAGAAGCCUCCACAUUACAUCUGAGAAACGCUAAAGCUAAAAAAAAAAGUGAAGAUUUGAAUAGGUCAUGAUCUUUAGCUAUUAGCUGUUUAGCUUUAAUAAAAGUAAAUCUAGUAAAA